AUGUCGUUUCUCAUCCUAACAGAAACAUCAGCUGGUUACGCUCUCUUUAAGGCUAAGGACAAAAAACUACUGAAGCGCGAUGAUCUUGCUAAAGAGAUUAGCACUUCGGAUGGCAUCUGCGGGCAGCUCAAGCUCAAGCAGUUCUCCAAGUUUGACAGUGCUGCCACAGCUCUUGAAGAAGUCACAUCGUUGAUUGAAGGGAAGGUUUCUCCAAUGUUGGCUGGAAUGCUUGAUUCCCUUAAGGACGAAAAGAAGGCAUCCUUGGCUGUUGCUGAUGUAAAACUUGGUAUGUUACCAUCUAUUGUUCUUACUACAAGAGAUUUUGCUCACUCGCCAUUGUUAGGAAACGCCAUCAAUAAAAUACCCGGCCUGUCUCUCAAUAUCGUCUCGGAUUCAACCACGCAGGACCUUUACAGAUCCAUUCGGGAGCAUCUCACUUCUUUGAUACCAGGCCUUCUACCGUCUGACUUGAACACUAUGUCACUUGGUCUUUCCCACUCUCUGUCGCGUCAUAAAUUAAAGUUUUCCCCCGACAAAGUAGAUACAAUGAUUGUCCAGGCGAUCGCAUUACUUGAUGAUCUGGACAAGCAGCUUAAUACGUACGCUAUGCGUUUGAAAGAAUGGUAUGGCUGGCACUUCCCGGAAAUGGCGAAAAUCAUCAACGACAAUAUGGCGUACGCUAGGGUCAUCAAGAUAAUGGGAGUCAGGUCUAACGCAUCGACUUCGGACCUUUCUACUGUUCUCCCUGAAGAAAUAGAGAAUGCUUUGAAGGCUGCGGCUGAAAUUUCUAUGGGUACUGAGAUCACGAAAGAGGAUUUGGACAAUAUUAACAGCCUUGCAGAAGAAGUUAUCGGCUUCAGCGAGUAUCGAACAGAACUAGCUACCUACUUAUCCAAUCGUAUGCAAGCAAUUGCACCGAACCUUACGGCAUUAGUGGGGGAGUUAGUGGGAGCAAGGCUGAUAGCUCAUGCCGGAUCCUUAAUGAAUCUUGCCAAGUCACCUGCCUCGACAAUUCAGAUUCUUGGUGCAGAGAAGGCACUGUUCAGAGCUCUCAAAACAAAACACGACACACCUAAAUACGGCUUGAUUUACCAGGCGUCAUUAAUCGGGCAGUCAACUGGGAAAAACAAGGGCAAGAUUGCCCGCAUGCUUGCGACGAAGACAUCGCUAGGUAUCAGAUAUGAUGCGCUUGCAGAAGAUAAGGAAGAAUCUUCAGCACUAGGUAUCUAUAUGCGACAGAAAGUUGAAAACCGUGUUAGGUACCUUGAAGGAAAACCAACCCUCCCAAAGUUGCCGUCGAAUGGCGUUCAGCCUGGGAAGUGGUCCAUCCAAGAAGCGAAGAAGUACAACCCUGAUGCUGAUGAGGUUAUGGAAGAUGCACCUGCGGCUGCAGAUCUAGCUAAAGCGGCUGUCGCCGAUUUAGAAACCGGGGAAGCUAUGGAAGAUGUUGCUUUUGGCGAUGAAGAUAGUGAUAAGAAAGAGAAGAAAAAGAAGAGCAAGGAGGAUAGGAAAAAGGAGAAGAAAGAAAAGAAGAGGAAGUUAGAAACUGCCGACGGUGAGCCCGUCGACCAGGAGGGCGCUGAAGAGGAAGCCACCGCAGCCAGGGAGAAGAAGGAGAAGAAGGAGAAGAAAAAAGACAAGAAGGAUAAACACGAAAGGAAGAAGAGAAAGCCUUCAGAGGAAGCGUGA